GUAAUUAGCAUGGUAUUGAUUAGCUUUCAAGGAUGGCAAACGUUCCAACGUUUCCAGAGCUGGAGUUGGCGGUUCGGGAUGCUAUAGACAGACUAGGCGGUGCAGUUGUGCCGAAGCUAAACUGGAGCUGUCCAAAGGAUGCAGCAUGGAUUAGCCCUACAGGAAGCGUAAAGUGCACAAAUCCGGCAGAGGUCUUCCUCUUGCUAAAGAGCUCUGACUCCAUUGUCCAUGAUUUAUUGCAUGCGUUUGAUGGAUGCGAAGGAUCAGCGAUGACGAGGCCCCCAGUGUUCAUGCUGGCGUUGAGAAAAUGGCAUGACCUGCGGCCAGAGAUGGAAUUUCGAUGCUUUGUUCGCCGUGGAGAGCUGAUUGCUAUCAGCCAGAGAGAGGUUACGAGUUUGUAUCCAACACUCCUUGAGAGACGAUACCAGAUGCGGGAUUUGCUGGUUGACUUCUUUGAGGAGACUGUGAGUGGUGCCUUCGAUGAUCCUGAUUACACAUUCGAUGCCUACGUUACAAGAAGCAACAAGGUUAAGGUUUUGGAUUUCAAUCCGUUUGGAGGAGCAACACUUCCACUUCUCUUUACGUGGGACGAGCUGCUGUCGAGGACCACUGCCCUUGCGCUGCCAAAUGGGCGUUCUGCCACACUUGACAGCAACAACAUAGUUAAUGGAGAUGGACAUGUGAGUAAUGAGUCCGCCAUUGCCGAUCACGGUAAUGGUGACAGUCGGUCGAGUGACCGGCUGUACCCUGAGAGCUGCAGUCGCAGCCGGAGUGAAGCGAUAGUGAACGGUAAUGGGUGCACAGAGGCAGCAGAAGAGGAGGUUCGUAACGAUGAUAGAUCGAACGGAGGCAGGCUUCCGCUUGACGAGGGCGUCGAGUUACGUGUGGUACAGAGUCAGGAAGGCGUUCAUCCAAGUUUACGAGCCGCUAGUGGAGCACCGUUUGAUCUUGUUGAUGUCAGCUCCGGAUCUGCUCUCGAGGAGUUUUUGGAAAGAGUGCAGCUGCUCGAAAGGGAUGCAGAACAGGCUGAGGGUGGAACUCGGAGACAGCAGCAGAGUUGAUACAAAAUUUGAAAUGUAAGCUAGCUAGCUAGCUAGCUUCCCGAGCGCUCGGGAAUAGUAGUUGAUGCGGAAGGGGGUUGUUUGCUUGCUUGCUAGCCUUUUCGGAAACUCGCCGAUCGGAGUUUAAGAGAGAAGGAAGCGGAUUGUGCGUGUGGGAAAUGGAUGUUUUCAAUCCAAUCAGACGGUAUGGUGAGCAAGUUCUGUGCGGAUGGAAGAUGACUGUUUUCCCUGACCGAUGUCCUAAAGGAGAUGCCUGAGCAAGCAGCCAUGUGGCAGGCAGGGAAGCAAUCAGAAGACAAAUGUUUGAUCAAAUUUCUCGCAAGGUUGUCGUGUUUGUCUGGAUGGAAGUCGGUUUUUUACUGUGUCGACUAUCUAGUUCUUAACUACUUACAUUUGCAUCGAUGAAUUCCCAUGCCAUUUUCCAAGGACAAAGUUUUAGUUGUGCGAGAGAUAAAAGGUGUGUGAUUGCCAGCUCGCCUCCCUCGUAUGAUUCCUCUCUUAGUGAUCAAUAUGCUGUCAAGGGAUCCUUAGGCCGACGGAAUGAUGCAUGUGUGAGCGGUUCGACCAACGGAAGGAUGCGUGUGUGAGCGUGUCUGUUGUGAUCUUACGACCUGCUGGUUGAAAAGGAACCGCACCGGUGCUUCCUAGAAUGGAAAAGCAGCCAGGACCGGCCAUAAGGACCUGUUUGUUGAAGGAGGGGGGGGAAUGGUGUGCAAUUACCCAGCCCGUGUGGCCGAAUAGUGUACACAAAUCUAACUGUUAAUAAACAGACAUGAAUUUG